AUGGCCCAAGACAACUCUCCAAACAAGACCAUAACAAUGAAUCAGAGACGCAGCCGCACCAAAUUCACAGAAGAUCAAUUAAAAAUCCUCAUCAAGGCAUUUCACCAAAAUCCUUACCCAGGUUAUGCUACCAAACAAAGACUCGCUUUAGAAAUCAACACUGAUGAGUCCAGAAUCCAGAUUUGGUUUCAGAAUCAAAGAGCUAGGCACCAGUGCCAGAAAAAAUCAGAACCCGAUGAGGACUUAGAAUCAAGUCAAGACCAAGAUCACUCUGAAGAGGAGAUUCAAAGUAGAGAAGACAGACGGUGUCGUACCAGCUACACUUCUUCGCAAUUACACACCCUCAUCGAGGCAUUUAUGAACAACCCUUAUCCUGGCAUUGAUACCAGAGAGCAACUUGCUAAAGAAAUUGGCAUUCCAGAGUCAAGAGUCCAAAUUUGGUUUCAAAAUCGGAGAUCCAGAUUCCAUGUCCAGAGAAAAAGAGAACCUGAUGAUCAAGACUCAGAACAGAGACAAGACCAGGAACAGGAUCUCUGAAUGAGAGAGUUCAAGCUUUUCCAGAAGCUGAACCUGCUGGAGAUGGUGAACAGAACUUUAGGAGCCAGAGGCAGAUAUAUAUGGCACCACAUAGCCCUACCGACCGAUCGUAGAUCCAGAGUU